CCCUCGGUGUGCUCCUGCAGUAACCAGUUCAGCAAGGUGGUGUGCACGCGGCGGGGCCUGGCCGAGGUGCCCCUGGGCAUCCCCUCCAACACGCGGUACCUCAACCUGAUGGAGAACAACAUCCAGCGCAUCCAGGCGGACACCUUCCGCCACCUGCACCACCUGGAGGUGCUGCAGCUGGGGCGCAACGCCAUCCGGCAGAUCGAGGUGGGGGCCUUCAACGGCCUGGCCAGCCUCAACACGCUGGAGCUCUUCGACAACUGGCUGACGGUGGUGCCCAGCGGGGCCUUCGAGUACCUCUCCAAGCUGCGGGAGCUGUGGCUGCGCAACAACCCCAUCGAGAGCAUCUCCUCCUACGCCUUCAACCGCGUCCCCUCCCUCAUGCGCCUGGACCUGGGCGAGCUCAAGAAGCUCAAGUACAUCUCCGAGGGGGCGUUCGAGGGGCUGUACAACCUCAAGUACCUGAACCUGGGCAUGUGCAGCAUCCGCGACAUGCCCAACCUGACGCCGCUGGUGGGCCUGGAGGAGCUGGAGAUGUCCGGGAACCACUUCCCGGCCAUCAAGCCGGGCUCCUUCCACGGCCUCCGGUCGCUCAAGAAGCUGUGGAUUAUGAGCUCCCAGAUCAGCCUGAUCGAGCGGAACGCCUUCGACGACCUCACUUCCCUGGUGGAGCUCAACCUGGCCCAUAACAACCUCACCUCCCUGCCCCACGACCUUUUCGCCCCCUUGCGGUACCUGGUGGAGCUGCACCUGCACCACAACCCCUGGAGUUGCGACUGUGACAUCCUCUGGCUGGCCUGGUGGCUGCGGGAAUACAUCCCCACCAACUCCACCUGCUGCGGGCGCUGCCACGCCCCUACGCACCUGCGGGGCAAGUUUCUGGUGGAGGUGGACCAGACCACUUUCCAGUGCUCAGCCCCCUUCAUCAUGGAUGCCCCCCGGGAUCUAAACAUUUCGGAGGGGAGGGUGGCGGAGCUCCGGUGCCGGACGCCCUCCAUGUCCUCCGUGCGGUGGCUCCUGCCCAAUGGGACGGUGCUGAGCCACGCCUCCAACCACCCACGGAUCUCCGUCCUCAAUGACGGCACCCUGAACUUCUCCCAGGUGUUCCUGGCAGACACCGGGGUGUACACCUGCAUGGUCACAAACGUGGCGGGGAACUCCAACGCCUCGGCCUACCUCAACGUGAGCACGGCCGAACUCAACACUUCCAACUAUAGCUUCUUCACCACCGUCACUGUGGAGACCACGGAGACGUCGCCCGAGAAUAUCUUCCCCAAGUUCACCAAGCCCGUGCCCACCACGUCCACGGGCUACCAGCCCGCCUACACCACCACCACCACCGUGCUCAUCCAGACCACCAGGACGCCCAAGCAAGACCCUGCCUCAGACCCCAGCAGCGGCGGGGGCGGCGGCGGCAGUGGCAACAGCAACGACAAGAUGCAGACCAGCCUGGACGAGGUGAUGAAAACCACCAAGAUCAUCAUUGGGUGCUUCGUGGCCGUGACGCUGCUGGCGGCAGCCAUGUUGAUUGUCUUUUACAAACUCCGCAAACGGCACCAGCAACGGAGCACCGUGGCCGCUGCCAGGACCGUGGAGAUCAUUCAAGUGGACGAGGACAUGCCGGCUGCGGCCGCGGGGGCGGCCACCACCGCCGGCGCGUCGACCACGUCGGGCGUAUCAGGUGAGGGGGCAGUGGUGCUGCCGGCAAUCCACGACCACAUUAACUACAACACUUACAAACCGUCCCGCGGGGCCCACUGGACAGAAAACUGUCUGGGGAACUCUCUGCACCCGACGGUCACGACCAUUGCCGAACCUUACAUAAUCCAGACCCACCCCAAGGAGAAAGUGCAGGAGACUCAAAUCUGAGCCCCCUCCUCCCCCCUGCCACCACCUUUUGAGACAUGAUUUAAAAAUGCAAUAGAAUGCACAAAACAGAAACAGACAUCCAUUUUUGUACAGGGGGGGUCGAGGGGGCUGUUUUCUCCCCCUUGUAUAUGCUUAUAUAUUAAGUCUUUGGGCUGAGAUACGAGAAGAUUAUAUUAAAAAAAAUAUAAAGAACGCCCUAUUUUCUAACUUGAAGUUCUAUUUAAAAGGAGGCAGCAAGUACAGUUCCACCCCCUCCCAAAAAUGAAAUGCCCUUCUCCCCCCCCCACUCCUAGAGACAGCAGUUGCCAUUGUGACCUUCCAGAAUGAGACCUAUUUAAAGCAAAAGCGAGCGAGAGAACGAUC